AUGAGGUACACCACACCGACCUCAACCAGUUUGUCAGCUUCUGUGGUCGGCAGCAUUGUCCAGUCUGCGCCCGACUUUCCGCACUCUGGCGGCGACCUCUGCGAGCCCGACACGACGGCCCCAGAUGUAGUGACGUCGGCGAGUGGCGUCGGUACUUUAACUCCUGCACCCGACGUCACCGCCGACAGAAGUGGUGACGGCGGUACUGGUACCGACAGUGAGAGAAUCGCCACGAGCAGCGGUGUCGACGGGGCGGGCGAGGGGCAGCUCCUCGGUGACGGUGGCUCUGCGAGUACUGCCGACACUAGGCUACCGUUCUCCUACAGGACUCUCAUUUCUAUGGCCAUAGCGCAGUCUCCACUCAGGAAGGUGACGCGGUCGGAGAUCUACGAGUACAUCGUAGGCCGUUUCCCCUACUUGAAACGCAAGGGGAAGAUCGUGCAGCACUCACUUAGCUGCACCCUGUCAUCCAGCAAGUGCUUCGUUAAAGUACCGCGGGAAGCUGACGGCGACAAGGGCAUCUACUGGACGCUCGAUCCACGAUACGACAACACGUCGGAGAACGCCAAUUUCCGCUGCCUGCAACAAAUGGAGUGGCCAUUCCGGCAGGGCCUCGCAGCGGCCGUGCCCGCACACCGAGUACUGCAGGCUGCCGAUGCCACCACUGUCAGUGGCAGUGGCGAUAUGCCGCUCCCUGCCUACCCACCCUAUACCAGUGCAGGUCAGGCUGCCCCGAACUCGUCCCGACCCGGUGAGGGACACUGCGAGAAUGACACUCCGGUGUCGGACACGACAUCUGCGGGCGACGCUGCCGUUCUGACGUCCGACUCUGGUGGCACUGCCGACAGGGGGGAAACCGCCGCGGGCCGUGCUGCCGACGGGAUAGGCGAGGACCAGUGCCGUAGUGUGGCUGGCUCGGCCUCUACUGCCAAAAAGAAGCCGCUGUUCUCCUACACGGAGCUCGGUGCUAUGGCCAUAGCACAGUCACCGCACAGGAGGGCGAAGCUGUACGAGAUCUUCGCCUACGUCACGAGGCGCUUCCCCUACUUCAGACGCAAUCGGAAGAUCUGGCAGAAAGCGUUGAGCACCACCCUGUCGCGCAACAAGUGUUUCAUCAACGUUCGGCAGGAGGCUGGCAAGCUGAAGGGCAGCUACUGGAUGUUCGACCCGCAGUAUGAGGACAUGCUAAAGAAUGACAAAUUUAGCCUGUGGCGCAGGAAGCAGCCAUUCCGCAGUGGCCCGACAGCAGCAGCAGUCCCUGCUCGCGAAGUGCGCACACGCCGUGGCAGACACCGACACCGCGGCCUUCACCCUCAAUGGCAGCAACACGUCACUGGCCUGUCGGAACAGCCCCAGCUGCCGGAGACAGGAGGCAGUGGCGGCGGAGGCGGCAGUUUGCUGCUCCCUGCUUACCCGCCCCGUACCAGCACCACCACCCAGAUGUCAGCUGACCUCGUGGCGUCUGAAGUCGGCAGCGGUGACCCGGCCGAGACCGACUCGACUCCGACCUCUGCCGACAGACGCGGCGACGGCACGGGUACCGCCGGCGGAGGAACCGCCUUGGACGGUGGUGUCAUUGGGGCAGGCGAGGGGCAGUGCUCCGGCAGUGCUAGCUCGGCCCGUACUGCCAGAAAGAGGCCACAGUUCUCGUAUACGGAGCUCAGCGCUAUGGCCAUAGCACAGUCGCCGCACAGGAGGGCGAAGCUGUCCGAGAUGUACGCCUACGUCAUGAGCCGCUUCCCCUACUACAGGCGCAAGAAGUUCUGGCAGAAGGCAUUCAGCAACAAUCUGUCACGCAGCAAGUGCUUUGUCAAUGUGCCACUGGAGGGCGACAAGCAGAAGGGGAACUACUGGAUGCUCGACCCGAAGUACGAGGCCAUGUUGGAGAAAGGCAACUUCCGCCACCGUCACGAGGAGCGGCCGUUCCUCGGGAGCCCGGCAGUGUCGGUCCCUCUGCGCCGACAGCGACACGGCACAGGCCUGUCGGAACACCCACAGGUGCCGGAGUCAGGAGGUUGCGGUGUCGGAGAUGCCGCUGUGCCGCUCCCCUCCUACCAGCACUACUCUAGACCUGCUCAAAUUCGUGACGGAAGUGACAGUGCUUCAUUUGAAGAAAGUAAUCUUCAGAAUGUGACCCGCGACGAGUUGCUGAUGGCGCAAGAGAUGUCGACACACUUCAUCAGUUGUAGUGAUCCGACACGUGACAGUGCUUCAUUUGAAGAAAGUAGUCUUCAGGAUGUGACUCACAACGAGUUGGUGACGGCGCAAGAGAUGCCAACACACUUUAUCAGCUGUAGCGCACCGACACGAGGAAUUAUCACACGAGAGGAUAAUUCCUUCUGCAGCACAGAUAAUAUUGAUGGACGCUCUGAUGAUCCACAUCCCAUUUGUGAUCUUCAGAAUGUUAAAGUAGAGGUUGUUGAAGAUCCAUUAACAGUCCAAUGGUUCAAUGGGUGUUUUAAGGAGGAUCCAGAUGCGUAUUUAGGAGUGAAUGCCACUGAAAGUGAGGAGGAAGCCAGAGGACGACACGCCCCAGAUGUUACACGGUAAAAGCUUUAUUAUUUU